GCCUGGCCUGGCCUGGCCUGGGGAGAUGGACUGCCUCUUACGUCGCACACCUUCGUCCUUCGUUCUGGAGUGCAACUCCGGUAUUGAACUGCUCUUGCGACAGCAACACAUUGUGAUCUGUCGCUGGAUUCGUCGUUCAUCACUGGGCACUUUGCGAUAGAGGACCUACCUCUGAAGCCCGACUCCACCUCUGGUCUGGUCUGCUCGACGACGUCGUGAUGUUGCACAGAUUCUCGACCGUGGUCAUUGUCGCCAGCACGUCCUUGCUGAGCCACACCGUCGCUGCCAGGCAAGUCGGCAAUGUCGACCUUACGGACUAUGUACUGCCCUUGACGGGCUCAAUCAACGGCGGCAACACCUUCCCCGGCGUCGCCCUGCCCAUGGGAAUGGUCAAGCUUGGCCCAGACCUCUACACAGGCUCCGACAGCUACUCGGGCUACCAGCCCACAGGUGCCUUCGUGGGGUUCAGCAUGUUGCACAUGAGCUGCACCGGCGGCGCGCCAAAGUACGGCGUCAUCGCGCAGAUGCCCGUCGUCGGCAGCCUGGACAACCCGCUUGCCAACAUCAGCGUUGGUCGCCGUACCGAAGACGGGACGGUCGUGGGCGACACCGCUCGUGUAGGGUACUACAAGGCCAGCCUGGCCAGCGGGGUCACUGUCGAGAUGGCCGCGAGCUCGCGCGCCGGGAUGUACCGUUACACGUUCCCACAGAAUGCCACGGAGGCUGCGAUUGUGGUCGAUGUGUCCCAUGUGCUGCCUUCCUUCCGGGGUCAGGGGCUCGGCCAGAAUUAUCUUGGUGGGAAUAUCUCUGUCCAGGCGGAUGGCGAGGGCAGGGCCGUGGGGUAUACGGGUAACGGAUCAUAUGACAACGGGUGGAACCGCUCUCCUAAGUGGACAGUCUACUUCUGCGGCUACUUCGACAAGGCGGCGACAUACAAGACGUUUCUGGGAAACGACACAGCAGGCGACACCCUCGAGUCGUACGACGACACGCCUCAACGCGACUCGGAAAAUCGGCUCGGUGCAGUGUUUGACUUUGGCGGAGAGCAGGAGGUCGCGUCAAGGGCUGGAGUGUCCUUCAUCUCUGCCGAGCAGGCUUGUGAGAACGUCAACAAUGAGGUACCAGAGGACGCCACGAUCGAGAGCCUGGGCGAAGCGGCCAAGGAAGCUUGGAACAGCAAGGUGCUGUCCAAGAUUACAACGACAGACAUGCGCAGUGAAAGCAACCUCCAGCUGCUCUACUCGUCCCUCUUCCACAUGACGCUCGUGCCCAGCGACAAGACUGGGGAGAACCCAAAGUGGUCGUCGCCAGAGCCUUACUAUGAUGAUAUCUUCACUUUCUGGGACAUCUUCCGCUGUACGACCGCCCUCAUCCAUAUCGUCCUCCCGGACGAGUACGAGCAGUUCAUCCGCUCACUCGCCGAUAUCUGGGAGCACGACGGCUUCCUGCCCGACGGACGGUCCUCAUUCUUCAACGGCGCCACCCAGGGCGGGUCCAACGCUGACAACGUCCUCGCCGAUGCUUAUGUCAAGGGCGUACGUGGCGCGAUCGACUGGGAGAAGGUAUACGAGGCUAUGGUGACAGACGCGGAGGUGGUGCCGCCGAACAACAACGACCCGAGAGACUCCAGUUCGUCAACAAAGGAAGGCCGUGGUGCUCUGCCGGACUGGCUUGAGCAUGGAUACAUCACAACAAAGUAUGGCAGGUCUGUCAGCCGGGCUAUCGAGUACGCGGGUAAUGACUUUGGCUUGUACCAGGUCGCCAAGGGCCUGGGCAAGACCGAAGACGCAGCAAAGUACCUCAACCGGUCCCGUAAUUGGCGGAACCAGUGGAACCCGGAUCUCGAAGCCCUCGGCUUCAAGGGAUUCCUUGGGCCCAUUGCGGAGAAUGGCAGCUUCAUCGCUCAGGACCCCCUGAGUUGUGGCGGCUGUUAUUGGGGUGAUGACUACUACCAAGGUCUCCCCAUAGAAUACUCCUUCAAUGCGCAUCACGACGCCGCCACUCUGAUCGAGUACGCCGGUGGCCAGGAAGCCUUCCAGUCCCGCCUGGAGGCCAUGUUCGAGCCGGACCUCAACCCGGGCGGCGACUCGCGCUUCAACAAGACGCUCUUCAACCCGGGCAACGAGCCGAGCUUCAACACGCCUUACAUGUUCCACUACGUGGGGCGGCCCGACCUGUCGGUCGAGCACAGCAGGCGCAUCGCCAAGGCGUACUUCCGCCCCACGCCCGACGGCGUGCCGGGCAACUCGGACGCCGGCGCCAUGGAGUCGUGGGUGCUGUGGAACAUGCUCGGCCUGUACCCCGUCACCGGCCAGACGACGUUCCUCGUGGGCUCGCCGUGGUUCAACGACCUGCGCAUCACCCUCGGCGGGAGCGCUGGGGUCAGCAAUGUCUUGCACAUCACGACCUCGUACUACGACGACGGCGGAGACGGGGAUAGUACCACCGCCGCGUCCACAGACGAAGAGGAGGACAUGAUCUACGUCCAGUCUCUCAAGGUCAACGGGCAGGAAUGGAACAAGUCCUGGGUCACCUGGGACGACAUCUUUGCUGCCCGGGCCAACGGCGGCGGCGGCGAGAGCACAAUGGAUUUCGUCCUCGCUGCGACCCCGGGUGCUUGGGCGACGGGGGAGGACUCGGAGCUACCUCCCAGUCCGGCUUCUGAGCCUACCUCAUAAGAACGAGGUGUAGGAUGAGGUUUCGUGUGCGCUAGACGUGGUGCUGCGAUCAUCCUAGUCUGUAGGUACGAUGUUCUCGAGGUCGUGGUUUGU